AUGCCCCAGCGCUGCCUCGCCACCGAGCCUGACGGCACACAAUGUCGUCAUGGUGCCAUCUAUCCCGCCAUGAAUGGCAACAAAUACGUCAUGUCGCGCUGCAGUAACCGUGUCCAUCGGGAACAACGCGAUGACUUUAAGAGCGCGAGCGCAAGUCCUCAUCUAGGUAGUACGAAGAGCCCCGAUGAAGCUCAGAAGAGGGUGCGGUUUGUGCGUCCGUCGUCGGCAGUGGCUCUGGGAAGCAGCAAGACGAUUGUGAAAAUUGAGAAUGUUGCGGAGGGUACUGCGGCUGGUCGGGAACGGAAGAAGGGGGGUAUCGAGGAUGUAGAUGACACCGAGAACGACUCUGUCAUCGCAGACCUGCUCCGGGGUGACGUGAUGAGCCAAUUGGCGCGGAAGUCUGCAGACCACACUGCAUUCACGGACGAGACAUCCAAGACAGUAUCCGUCGGCGCGGCAUUCCCCUUAGCUCCACCUGCCCCCGUAGCAUCCUCUUCAGUAGCGGCCGCUUCCACAGAGAAGCUUCGACCUCGACAGGUUCGGGUCGUCACAAAGCAAGAGGAAGAGUGGUGUGAGAAGGUGCUCCAGCGCAUUGCAGAGGGACUGGUUGGAGAUGGAGUCACCGACACGGAGGAAGAUAUGACGGAGAUGCACAAUGGAACGAUGUCAUUCGCAAGUUUCGGCAGAAAGUGCGUGGUGUCUGCGAGAAUGGAUGCGAAAGCCGUAUUGCGGCUAUUCGCGCUCCGCAAGUGCUCCUCCUGCGACGACGACGACGACGACGACGACGACGACGAAAACUUACAAGUCUGCCGCCCAGGACUCUCCCGGACGAGCCAUCUCGGAAUUUACACUUCCACUGGAUCCCGCUACGGCACUGUCGAAGCGCCAGACAACCACGUUCCUAAUUUCGAAGCGCCGCACCGCCAAGCGGUCUGCCAUUCUUCGAAGGAUAACUGCAUCCGUUUCCCAUGGGCUUCCUUAUCCCGAAUAACCAUCCGCUCGCUGUUCCUCGAGCCAGUCAUCAAGGCCUGCAAAACUCGGUCCAACUCUUCGACGCCAACGCGCUUUCCCAUUGCACCAUGGCUCCACGCCGGAGCGCCCGCAACGAGGAACCAGCUCCAGUCCCUCGGGCCCCACAGCGUGAAGCGACUGGAGGCGUUAGAUCAGCCGGGACACCGAUCCGGUUCGCUGAUAGUCAAGAAGCCCAACCCGUUCGCCGCCGCCGCCGCAGCAAUUCCCCAAUCCCGGAGUACACGGUCGACCGCGUCUCGCGUUUGGAGAGGCACUCUGCUCUUUACCGGCGCCACAUAA